GUCCGGAUCCAGUCGCUUAGACGACGACGUAUACAUGGAGCUCUUGUCCGAGGUUCAAUAUUUUCCUCACUUCGGCACCCGAGCUCACUACCUUGCCUUCGAGCUGCACGACCUUUGGCAGAGGACGCCUCGCCAUGUGGUGGCCCGCUGCAAUGAGAGAGAGUAUUUGGCGUUUCAUUGCGUCUGCCAGCGCGACAAGGCCUUGGCAUUGCAGCGCAGCUGGCGCCACCUCGGUGAGUCUGCCCUCGGCGUUGCCUCCGAGGCCCAACUGCAGCAGGCUCUGGAGCGCCUCUGA